AAAGAAAGAAGAGAGAGAGACCCCAGUACUUACUCUGUGCUCCUCAUCUUUUGCCUUACACCGGAGUUUCCCAAAUUCAGAAAGAGAGAGAAAAGCGAGAGAGAGAGAGAGAAUGAGGGGAAGAGGCGGCGGCGGCGGCGGCGGUGGUGGUGGGAGGGGUUGGGGAGGAGGGAAGAAGUACAGGAACGCCUGCCUGACGAUGCACCAGCCCUGGGCUUCCCUCCUCGUCUACGGCAUCAAGCGCGUCGAGGGCCGAUCCUGGCCCUCCCCCAUCACUGGUCGACUGUGGAUUCAUGCUGCCUCAAAAGUUCCAGAUGCAGAUACUAUCAAGGCAAUGGAGGACUUCUACAGGGAAAUCUAUGCAGUUAAUGGGAUCACAGACAUCAAGUUUCCUGAACACUAUCCAACCUCACGAUUACUAGGUUGUGUUGAAGUGGUAGGCUGUGUAAAAUGUGAAGAGCUCGUAAGCUGGGAAGCAGUACCUGAAUCAGUGAGGCUGGAAGGACUAACAGACUUCUGCUGGCUCUGUGAAAACCCACAAAGAUUAUUAGUGCCAUUUGCAAUGCGAGGCUACCAAGGUGUUUAUAACCUGGAAAAGAGGAUCUACGAUGCAGCAGAUAGAGGCCUUCGUCCUGUCCAAGGCCCUUUGCCUGUCAAAUUUCCUCUUCCAAAUCCCCAGGAUCCUUUCUCACUGAAGCCAGGAUCUCUUGUACGCUACCUCAAUAGCUCCACAUCCUCUGCGGUGGAGAAGCCACUGAGCAUUACAGCAGCCAUAGCCGGUGCUCGAGCUGCGGCUACACAGUUUUCAAAGAAAGAUCAGAUCAAAGCCAGCACAAGUAGCAGUUUAGAUUGUGGUGUGAAUGAACCUGGAGUAAGUAGCCACAGUAUAAGGUUCGAAGUUGAUUCUGUAAAAGGAAAACAUGCUGAGCAACAACAGCAGAGUGACCAGGCUCAGAGUAUCACUCAAAACCAGCCCAAUGCAAGAAGAGGAGAUGCUAGUGGAGCCCAGAAUGAAGUUAGGAAGUCGCAACUAGGAGCUCCUACGAGGCUUUUUGCAGCAGCCUUCAGAGAGUUGAAGUUCGAAUCAAACAGGUGAUAGAGCUUACACUUCUUGGGACCUGAAGCCGUGAAAAGCGAAGGAAUUCGACUGCGACAAGCACUGACCUUCAUGUUAUAUAGCUGGAUUCGACAUUAUUUAUCAGAACACAAUAAGCUGAAGCAUUUUGUACAUAUUUAUCUCUCUGAAGGCAAAGUUUCGCUGAAUUUAGAAUUGUGGUGCAUGAGUGUGAUGUAGUAGUAGCAGUGUGUUUUAAUUGUUAGGUGUUGCCAAUGUAAAUAGAUAAUUCUGGGGGUUUUCAUGGGUUGUACUAAUCAGAGUAGUGUGAUAAUCGAAGUUGCAUAACAUUGUCAUUUUAUUAUUUGCUAAAUUAAAUUCAAACGUUUGUUUUCUUC